GCAGUUUUUGUCGCUAUUUGCCACUGCCGCAAUGAGGUCUUGCAUCCUUGCGGCUCUUUGCUCGCUGCUGCUCCAGCUGGCGAGCGCCCACAUGGCGGUUCCCUGCCAGGGCACCACCUACUACGACUGCUACCAUUACUGCCGAGGCAGCUGCCACGGGCGGGAGUGCUUCCAUCGCUGCAACAGCGGCUGUGGCUGCCAGGAGGCUUUCAUCGUGAGGAACAACGGCGCUUGCCGGAAGCUGGAGGUGUGUCAAGUCGGCGACGACGAUGAGGACUCCCACAACGGUUCCUUACCACAGGCGAAGGUUGGAGGUGGAAGUCCGCAAUUCCCACCGGCUGGUCCUGAUCUGGGCCGCAAGCUGGCCCCGGGCUCCGAAGACUCCAAAGACGCAAAAGACGCAGAUACUGGGGAAGAAUCAACGGAUGACAAAGAUUGAUGAUGCAGCCCCACUUAGCGAUAAAUAUUUACCUCAUAGAGCACAUUUUUUCUCCACAAAUUGUGUUUAUUCGUUGUUGUUGCUCUGCUCUGCGAUAAUUGUCAACACUGAAAGCAGCACAACGAUACUCACGCAUGUGUGUAGGAAGGAUUCAAAAUAUACAAAUUAUUAUUUAGACUUGAGCGUUUA